GGCAGUGGUAAACAAAGAUGGCGGAAGUGUUUGGAGAUACUUUCUGUGUUUCUGUGAAGUUUUCUAUCUUGGCUCCCCCGCCAGUUAGCCGGGUGUGUUAGCGGGGCUCCUCUAGGGGCUCCUCUCCGCCUGAGGCUGUAGGAUGAGCGGCUGGGCGGGUUUUUCUGACGAGGAGCUGCGGAGGAUCCAGCAGAAAGACUCCGCCGGACCUCCUGGUGCUCCCCGCGGAAGGAGGCCCCCAGUCGCCGGCCGGAGCCGGCAGAAGAUGCAGCGGGAGAGAGCGCUGCAGUUAGCCGGCUCACAGAGCCUCCUACCAGGUCAGCAGCUCAGCAAGCCGCCGCUGACGCUGGAUGGUCAGCCUCCAGAACAGACAGAAGCUCCUGCUGAACAGACAGGCGCUGCUGCUGUCAGACAAGAGGAGCAGGAACCUGCUGAUAUGAAGCCGAAUGAGAUCCACCAUCCGGCUGCAGAGAAGAAGGAGAAAGAAGAGGAGGUGAAGGAGCUGGACAAACAGGAGGUUGAACUGAGAGAAAAGACACGUCUGGAGCAGCUGCAGCAGGAACAGAGGGAAAUCGAGGAGAGGAACAAACGCAAGAAAGCUCUUCUGGCUAAAACCAUCGCUGAGAAAUCCAAACAGACUCAAGCUGAGGCGGUGAAGCUGAAGAGGAUCCAGAAGGAGCUGCAGGCGCUGGAUGACAUGGUGUCCAAUGACAUCGGUAUCCUGAGGGGCAGAAUAGAGGAGGCCAGCUGGGACUACAGCGCUGCAAGGAAGCGCUAUGAGAAGGCCGAGGCAGAGUACGUGACGGCCAAGCUGGACCUGCACAGAAAGACGGAGGUGAAGGAGCAGCUGGCGGAGCACCUCUGCGCCAUCAUCCAACAGAACGAGCUGCGCAAAGCCCACAAGCUGGAGGAGCUGAUGCAGCAGCUGCAGCUGGAGGCCAGCGAGGAGCAGGAGGAGCAGGAGAGGGGAUCUGUAGAACCUCAGAGGAACGGAGGGGAGGGGAGAGCAGAGGGAGAGAGCAGAACCUCCCAGGAAGAGCAGGAGGUCCAGCAGGAGACUGAGACAGAGGGGAGACCAUCAGAGAACUGUGGUCGGGCAGAACUUCCGGGUUCCUGACGCUCAGAUAGGAGGCGGAUCUUCCUCACAUGGUGGAAAGUAUUGGUUCUGCCAGAAAACCGUUCUUUAACAUCACCGCACUCUGUUCUGAUCAGAUCGGGUUCUAGGAGCUGAUCCUUUAGCUCCUAGAACCUGGCAGCUGACCCAAAGAGUCUACGGGUCGUAAAAGAGACUUUGGUUUGGUUCUGAUGUUCCUGUCUAAAGUAUCCGAUCCAGUUGGGGGACCAGAAGCAAACUGAAAUAAGUCGGACUCUAACAGGUUCUAUAAAAAA